CUGUCUGUCGGAAACGUCGAGGUCGUCGCGUAAAUUCUUCUCGUUCCUUUCCGAUUACUACUCUGUCUCGCCUCUCCACCGCUCGAGACGUUCAUUACAGCUCGUAUCGGUCUUCCCAGUGUGCCGCCCGCGUUUUUUCUCUCUCAUGUUCAACCGCAAGAAAAGCUACAGCGUCGGGGGCACGUCGUAUGUCGUCAGAAUUCGACUGCUCGACAACACGAACAUCGAUUUCAAUCUGCGACAGAACGACACGGGAGAGGACUGUCUGACGAGAGUCACUCAGGUCCUCGAACUGCAAGAGAGUCAGUUCUUUGGUUUGAGAUAUCAGAAUAAGAACGGUCACAUGAGAUGGGUCGAUCUAAAAGAGAACAUGAGGAAACAGUUGGAUCGAGAUUCAAUGUCAGGAGCGAGGGACUCCGAAGUUCAGUUCAGCGUCAGGUUUUAUCCUACUAAUGUGAUGGCAAUACAACAAGAAUUGACAAGAUAUUUAUUUUUCCUGCAAUUGAAGUCUCUCGUGAUGGAAGGUCGUCUGAUGUGUACACGUGAGCAAGCCAUCUUACUGGCAUCUUACGCAGUUCAAUCUGAAUUUGGUGAUCAUGUUAGUGAGAAUCACACGGUUGACUUCUUCGCUGAGUACGUUCUCUUUCCAACGUCUUCAGAAAGUGUUAGUGAAGAACAGAAUAUUCAGACGCUCAGGGAGAUGAACGAAGGUGUGGUGAAGAAUCACAGGAAGCAUCGAGGAACUUCACCUGCAGCUGCAGAGUUGGCAUACAUUCGACUAGCACAACAGUUGCCAGAAUAUGGACACGAAUCGUUAACAGCAUGGGAUGAGGACAGUCAAGAAAUUCGAAUAGGAUCCUGCUUUGUUGGUGUCUUUGUGAAACAUCAAACUAAACUGCCUACAAUAUAUUUCAAGUGGCCAGACAUUUCUGAAAUGAAAUGGAAGAAAAGACACCUGGAAAUAGCCACACAGAAUGAGAUAAUUGUAUUUGAAUUGGAAGACAAACAGUCAGCCAAAUACACAUGGGAAGCUCUGAUAGCACAGCACAAGUUCCACAGACUGUUGGUUGCAGGAGGAAAGGCACUUCCUACCCUUAGCAAUCAGACGAAGACGUAUUCACCUCAACGUGGGUAUGGAGCGACGACGUCUCACUCUCGUGAUAGUUCGUUUACAAGAAAGAAAACUCUUAGUAAAAGCAGCAGUGUGAUGGCAUCUAGUGAGUCUCAACUGAAUUAUUCGGGUGUUGGAUCUUCGAUGGAAAUGAGCAAGAUUCGUGAUCAUGGACAGAGUCGAGGUAAAAUGGAAGAGACGGAGACGAGUUUUACUCGCACAGAACAGAACACAGAUGGAAAGAGUGAAUCAGAGAAAGACACACUUGCAGUGAGUCCGACUCAAAACUACAGGCAAGAGAAGUUGAGAAGUCCUGCUCAAGAAAAGGAACGUCCGAGGUCUUCUCCGGCUAUUAGAGACACGCCUACGGCGGCAGUGGAAAUUGGUCGACAUCAUUCGCUCGCAGACAAUCUUGAAGAGAUGGAAAUGAAAACGGGAAUGAAGGGAGCAAAUGUCAUAGGUGUCAUGAGUGUUGUAUCUAAUGGAGCGGUAGCCGAUACGGACGAUGAAUUAGAGAACGAGUUAGAAACCAUGGGCAGUCCACAACUAGAUCAGAACGAAGAAACACCAGAAAAUGAUCUCUCACCAGACAGGAAGAAAUUAUAUGAUGCGCUUCAUGCUCGACUCAACAGCAAAGAUUAUCUUGAGGAAUACGAUUCGAUAUCGAAGAAGAAUUCGGAUAUGGCGAUGGCUAAGAUGACGGAGAGUGAUGCAAGGACGAAGAAUAGAUUCAAGGACAUUCUGCCGUACGAAGAGACGAGAGUGAGGUUGAUGAUAGAGAAUAAUAGCACUGGCAGUGACUACAUCAAUGCAAGUUGUAUUGAGAUGAAUGUCGGAGGUGAGAGAAUGAGAUACAUUGGUGCACAAGGUCCUCUGGCUGUGACAGCCCCCGACUUCUGGCAAAUGGUGUGGGAGAGCGAAGCAAAUCUGAUCGUCAUGGUCACUUCAGAAGUGGAGAUGGGCAGGAUCAAGUGCUACCGCUACUGGCCACUAGAAAACGAACUCGAUUCAUCAUCACAAUAUGGACCGUUUACUGUUGUGAGUCAGUAUUUUGCUGAUUCGAAUACGACGAUUACGCGAGGAUUUCAUCUCACACGUAGGGGCACGUCUGAGCAAAGAGUUGUGUGGCAUCUGCAGUUUAUGGGAUGGCCAGAUCAUGGAGUGCCGGAUGAUCCAAGCUCAUUUAUUGCAUUCAUUGAUGAAAUCGGAAGUCUUCGUCGACAUGCAAACGGCACAGGAGGCAGUGAGACGAGACCCAACCCUCCAACAAUUGUCCAUUGCAGUGCAGGAGUCGGUCGAACGGGCGUCACCAUUCUCAUGGAGCUGCUGCUCACAGCAAUACAACACAACGAGACCGUCAACAUUCGCCAAUAUCUCAAGCACUUGAGGAGCCAGAGAAUGGCGUUGGUUCAAACACCCGGACAAUACAAGUUUGUGUAUCAAACUGUGCUCUUCUAUCUUGAAAACUCACACACCAGUAGACUCAUCUAGGUGGAUACUACCCCCCACGUGUUUGAUAUAUAUGGCAUGAAUUGCAACUCGUAUCUUGGUAGUUUUUAGGCGUUUUUAUCUGAUGGUUGGUAGAGAUGAUGACAUGUUGGUAGAUAGGACUAGUACUGUUGAUGGAAUGGGCAGGCUGGGACUUCCGCAAAUAUUAAAAUGACUGUGUAUAUGCAA